CGCUGCCCAGAACAGCAAAAUAUAUCUUUUUAUUAGAUACAUUUUUUUCCAUCUGGAAUUCAAUGGCUCAAAUUCCAAAUUUAGACAACUCUCCUCUGAAUCUCAAGUCUCUCAGGGAACAGUCACAGCGAGAUCUUGUUAAAAUCCUCAAAGAUAUUCGCGGGAAAAAAUGUUUGGUUGUUGAACCGAAACUUGGUGGCACCCUCUCUUUGAUUAUCCAAACAUCUCUUCUUAAGGAAUAUGGGAUUGAGUUGCGGCAUCUUUCAGCGGAGUCAGUUCAGACUGAUUGCUCCAAAGUGGUUUAUCUUGUUCCUUCUCAGCGUGACUUGAUGAAGUCCAUAUCUUCUCAUGUGCAUGAUGAUAUCUCGAAAGGACUUCAAAGAGAGUACUUUAUCUAUUUUGUUCCUCGCCGUGAAAUUCAAUGUGAGAGGAUCCUUGAGGAGGAAAAAGUGCAUCACUUGAUAACCAUAGGGGAGUAUCCAUUGUAUUUAGUUCCAUUGGAUGAAGACAUUUUGUCAUUUGAACUGGAUCUUGCGUACAAACAAUGUCAGGUUGAUGGUGAUACUGGCUCACUUUGGCAUAUUGCAAAAGCCAUUCACAAGCUUGAGUCUACUUUUGGAGUUAUACCAAAUGUGCGUACAAAAGGCAAAGCAUCUGGUAUUGUCUCUGAUAUUCUGGAUCGCAUGCAUACGGAAGAGCCGAUGAAUUCACCUGAUAUGGCUUUAUCAGAGAUUAACACUCUCAUCCUCAUAGAUAGGGAGGUGGAUAUGGUUACUCCUAUGUGUUCACAGCUAACAUAUGAAGGGCUACUCGAUGAGUUCUUGCACAUUAAUAAUGGUUCUGUGGAGCUGGAUUCAUCUAUCAUGGGUGUUCAGCAAGAAGGAAAAAAGAUGAAGGUCCCGCUUAAUUCAAGUGACAAGCUUUUCAAGGAGAUACGAGAUCUCAAUUUUGAAGUUGUUGUCCAGGUUCUUAAGCAGAAAGCAACAUCUAUGAAAGAGGACUACACUGAAAUUACCACAGCUAGCCAAACAGUUUCUGAACUCAAGGACUUCGUCAAGAAGCUAAACUCAUUACCAGAAAUGACUAGACACAUAAACCUUGCACAGCAUCUCUCAACAUUCACAUCAAAGCCAUCUUUUCUUGCAAAACUUGACAUGGAACACACAAUUAUUGAGGCCUCGAGCUAUGACAUUUGCUUUGAAUACAUUGAAGAGAUGAUCCAUAAGCAGGAACCUCUUGUCAACAUAUUGCGUCUUCUCAUCCUAUUUUCUGUAACUAAUUCAGGGUUGCCUAAAAAGCAUUUCGACUAUUUGAGGAGGGAGCUUCUCCAUAGUUAUGGAUUUGAGCACAUGGCUACACUAAAUAAUUUGGAAAAGGCUGGAUUGUUCAAGAAGCAGGAAUCAAAAAGCAACUGGCUGACAGUCAAACGUGCUCUGCAACUUGUAGUUGAGGAUACCGACACUGCAAAUCCUGACGACAUAGCCUAUGUCUUUUCUGGAUAUGCACCGCUUAGCAUUCGUCUUGUGCAAAAUGCAGUUCGAUCUGGAUGGCGUCCUAUGGAAGAAAUUUUGAAGCUGUUGCCUGGGCCGCAUAUUGAAACAAAAAGGGCUGGGUUCACUAGCAGUCCUUCAUUCGGCACAUUGCAGGGUGCUUCAAAUGGCUUAGACAAAAUAGCAGAUGGUAGGCGCUCCCUGGUACUUGUUGUCUUUAUUGGAGGGAUAACAUUUGCAGAAAUUGCAGCUCUUAGAUUUCUCAGUGCUCAGGAAGGAAUGGCAUAUGAUCUGAUUAUUGGAACGACAAAAAUCGUCAAUGGUCAUUCAUUGGUUGAAACAUUCUUUGAGACUUUCGGUUAAAGCGAAUGUUUGUUCACUUAUGAGGCUUUGCCUUUCCAAUAUUUCUCUUGAACAUAAGUAUGGCUUAUCGGGCAUCGAGGCUGUAAAUGUGAAGUGCUUGGUAGGGACGAAAGCUGGUGAAUCUUGUUGUGCAGAGCCAGAUUACUUAUGAUUUAUUUAUUUGAUUUUAUGGUCGGAACUUUCCUUUUCGUUUUUCUUUUCAUGAGAGUGACUCUGGAUAGUAUGACUGUAAUGUGAUGAAGAUGAACAAACUUUCUGGCGGAUUUCGGAUUUGUCAGCAAGGUAAGUUUGUACUUUGAAUAAACUUAAACUAUGCUGAAUCUUUGUAGGAUGAUUCCUUGGAGAAAAAGUUUCCU